GCCCCACAUCCGUCGCGCGCAGCAGCUGCUGGCCAGCUCCCCGCUGCGGCGACUGCACGCGGCGGCGGCGGUUAGCGAGCUGGUCGCGGCGGCGGCGGCAGCGGCGGUGGAGGCGGCGGCGGGCGUGGCGUACGUGCGGGGGCAGGGCCGCGUGGCGUUUGUGCUGGCGGAGGAGGGUGCUGCCGCCAUCUUUGCCCAGCCCGCUUCCGCCUGCCUGGCUGAGGGAGGCGGGGCGCUGAAGCACGUGCCGCCGCCGCUCAAGGCACGCCGCCGCAGCAGCUGUGAGUUCGUUAGCCUGAGUCCCUUGCCGCCCCCGCCCCCGCAGCAACAGCAGCAACAGCAUGCGGGCUCGCACCAUCAGCUGCAGCUGCAGCUGCUGCAGCAGCAGGGCGGGGCGGUGCGGCGAGCGGCCACGACAGGGGCGGGAAGCGGGACGCCGAGUGGGGAAGACGUCUCCUCCCCUACAGUGUUCACUAGACCAAGCUCGCCCUCCUUCACCCUGCCCUCGGGUCCCCCCUGCAAGGGCCACACGGUCCCCCUCUCCCGCACGCUGCUGGGGGAGGCGCUGGCCAAGCAGGGGGAGGCGGCGGGGCUGUGCAUCGAUGACUGCCAGGCGCAUACCGUGAGCACCAAGACCUACCCACGUGACCUGCUCCUCUCACGUGAAGCCCUCAUGCCCGCCUCCCUCGCCCUCGCCACCUGCCCCCCACCGCCCGCACCCACUCCUGCUCCCACCUCCGCCUCCGCCUUCACCGCCGCUGCUGCUACUGCUACCACCGGCACCACAACCGACAACAACGGCAACCCCCACCACCGCCUCGCAACCGCCCCCACCCGUACCUCCACCUCCACCGCCUCUGCCGCCGCAGCACCAAGCAUCGCCGACUCGCCGCCCUCCUCCUUCCCCGCCUCAACCUCCGCUUCUGACAGUAACCGUACCGCCGCUACCGCCACCACCGCCGCGGCCGGCAGCACCCCUCCCACCACCUCUGCCGGAAACACCCCCAACGGCCCCCCUGCUGCUGCGGCCACCGCCACCGUCACCAACCCCUGCACCGCCGCAGCUUCCGCCACCCACUCCUCUGCCAUCCGCACCCUCAAACCUCCCACCCCUCCUGCACCACCACCGCCUCCUCCUCCUCCUCCUCAGCUAGCGCUGUAUGUGACGUUCCCCAGCGUCCUGCCGCAGCCGCUGCUGCAGGCCGUGGUGCGGGAGCUGCAGCAGCUGCUGCUGGCCAUCCAGCCAGUGGUUUACUACAAGCUGCAAGGGCCGCUGCAGGCCGAGUAUGAGUACCUGCGCACGCAGCUAGCGGGUGCAACCAGCCGCCGCAGCCCCGCUCCCUCGCAGCCCCAGCCCCGGGUCACACCCGAGGCAGCCACUGCCCCCACUCCCCCCGCCCCAGCCCCCGCCAGCUUCCCGCCCCAGCCGCAGGAGGGGCUCUGGCGGCUACAGCCGCAGCAGGCGGCCGACAUGCGGCCGCAUACCGUCGCGUCUCCAACCCUCCUCCCAUGCAACCUCAGCCCACCUGCUGCCGUAGUCGCUGCUGCCGCUGCGGGUCCUGAUAGCGUGGCGGCUGCAGACGGGGCCGUCAUUGCUGCUGCUGCGGGUGCUGCUGCUCCUGCUGCUGCUGCUGGGGAACCAGGCGCCACCAUCCGAGGUGUACCCUCGCACCCCCACCCAGGCUCCCACACGCCUCCCUCUCCCUCCGCCUCCCCCUCACUCUACCCUGGCGCUCAGCCCGCCACCCCCCGUCGAAGCGGCAUCGCGGGCGACGCCCCGCCCCCGCCCCCGGGUUUGACCCGCAGCCGCACGGGCGGUGGCAGCAGCUUUGAGGCUGCCGGGGAGCGGCAGGCGGCAUGGAGAGGUGUGGCAGGUGGAGGGGCGGGGGCGUCGGGGACCAGGGCGGGCGCGGUGGGCAGUGCGCCGGGGGGUGUAAGCGGAGGUGGAGAUGGAGGAGGACUGGGAAGAGGAGGAACAGGGGGAGGAGGAGGAGCGGGAAGUGCAGUGGCGAGUCUGCUGGGGAGUGCGUUUGGAAGUGUGGGCGGCGGUGGCGGCAGCGGAGUGGGAAGUGGAGUGGGCAGUGGUUGUAGUACGAAUGGAGGCGGCGGGGGUAGCAAGGGAGGAGCAGGAGCAGGAGGAGGUAGCCGGUUGAGAAGGUUCCUGACGGUAGCUGCCGCGGCAACAGGUUUGGGACUGGGAGGAGGAGCAGCAGGAGCUGCAGCAGGAGCCGCUGCUCCUUCUGUUCCUGCUACUGCUACUGCCACCGCUGCUGCCACCUUGGGUGCUGCUACAGCCCUCAUGGACGGGGGCAUGGCGCCUGGCAGCGCGGUGGGGUCCGUGGCGGGGCGGGGGCAGGCGACAGAGACGACGGAGGCCGGAGUGGUGGAGGCCGACGGGGAGGCAGCCGCUGCAACUGCUAUUUCAGCAGCACCGGCAGCUGCUGCUGCUGCUGCUGGGGCUUCGGAGUUGGAUGCUCUGCCGGGGCCGCUGUCCGGUCAGCAGCGGCGGAGCGAGGAGGAGGGGUGCAUGAGGCUGCUUCCGCCGCAGCUGGCAGCCUUGAGGGCCGAUGCUGGGCUGGGGGAGGGGGUGGGCGGUCAGCAGCAGCAGCAGCACCUGGUGCGGAGUGUGUCGUUCCGACUGGAGGAGGCACAGGCGCCCCGAGGCGCCUCCCGACUAGCCCCUGUCAUCGCCAACAUGCACGAGCGGCUGCGGGCGGCGCAGGCUCUCCAGAUGACUGGGUUGCGCCCCGAGUCGCGCGCUGCCGACCUGCGCAGUGUGAAGCUGCUGCAGGAGAUCGGCAGGGGAGGCUACGGUACCGUCUACCGCGGCACCUACCACGGCGCGGAGGUGGCCAUCAAACUCAUCCAGCAAUCCCGGCUGGGUCUCCCCAGGGAGGGAGCGGGGGCGGGGGCAGGGGCAGCAGCAACAACAGCAGGGGGGCAAGGACAGGGGCAGGGUCAGGUGGCUCCCACCCCUCCGCAGCUGCUUGCGAGUCAGGGCAGCAUGGGCCGGGGUGCGGGUUGGGGCGGGUGGGGCGGUGUGCUGCACAAGCAGCAGCUGCAUGACGCCAUAGAGCUGGUGGCGAGUGUGUCCAUGAGCCACACCAACAUCGUGCAGGUCCCAGCAUACUUCAUGGAUGUCAGGCUUGAGCGGCCCCGGCGUCCGGUGCUGUUCCCCAACCCACUGGACUCGUGUGAG